AUGCCAAGUAGCUCAAGGAGAAGGUUAUGUCUGAGCCUUGCAAGCGGAGCUUGCCGCUAUAAUGGAGUCGGGCUGAGAGACCAAGCGACUCAAGGCAAGGGUUAUGAACCUUCUAAACAUUUAGCAAUAUUAGGCUUAGCAGUCUUCAAUUUAGGUGUCCACCCCAGGUGGGAGCUGCCUCCCCUCGUUCUCACAACUCGUACCACAAACGAAAGAUCACCAAUAACCACAAGCGUUGGAGCAACGACUUUGCCGGCGGUGAGAGAUUUUUGGGCAGUCAAAGUUGACGGCCAGGAUCCGCUCAUCGAGGAUAUUGAUUGGUUGGGGAUCGUCGCCUGCGCUGGUCUGUUAGGUGGCCGACGGUGCUCCGUGCGAAUCAAGAAGAACGGAGUCGGACGACGUUGUUUCAUCGCAGAUGGCAGCUACAUCGAAGCUGUAAGAGGUGGAGCUUUAGCUCCAGUUUACAACGAACGCUACUGUAGCUACCAUCAUCUAGCCGGAGGUCUAGCGGCAAACGAUGGUGAUUUGCUAGGUCACCGUCAAUGGCCAGCGACCGGAGAUGGUCCAGCUAUGGUUUCCGGUGGAUGUUACCAGUUACGACUCAAUCGUCCAUGUGGUCACCUCGAUGGCGUCGAAGAGAGACCCUGUGGGUCCCGCUGA